AUGGCACGAGGAAGAGGAAGGACUCUGAGGAUUCUGUUCCUGUUGACACUCUGUCUGCAAGACUUCACUGGUGAAUGCCAAGAUUCAGAGCAGCCCUCUGACCUGAGGAUUGUUCUGGUGGGUAAGACUGGAUCAGGGAAGAGUACAACAGGAAACAGCAUUCUGGAAGGAGAUGCAUUUACAGCAAAGUCAUCUCCAGUGUCUGUGACUGUACAGAGUAAGAAACAGAGUGGAGUGGUGAAUGGGAGGAAGAUUGAUGUCAUCGACACCCCGGGGCUCUAUGACACAACACUGUCUAAAGAAGAGAUGGAAAGUGAAAUAGUCAGGUGUAUAGAAAUGUCAGUCCCAGGACCCCACGCCUUCCUGCUGGUGAUCAGACUGGGUGUGAGGUUCACAGAGGAGGAGCAGAACACUGUGAAGUGGAUCCAGAAGAACUUUGGAGAAGAAGCCUCAAUGUACACCAUCUUGCUGUUCACACAUGGAGAUCAACUGGAGGGUAAAUCAGUCAAAGGGUUUCUGGCCGAGAGCCCAGAGCUACGGAAACUCAUCAAUAUCUGUGGGGGCAGAUAUCACUCCCUAAUCAAUGACAAGAGAAAAGACAACACUCAGGUUAGAGAGCUGCUGGAGAAGAUCGAUGAGAUGGUGGAGAACAAUGGAGGGAAACACUACAUCACUGAGAUGUACCAGGAGGCCCAGAGGAAGAUCGAAGAAGAAAAGCUGAAGAGGAGGAGGCAGGAAGAGAACAAGAGAGAGAGAGAGAGAGAGAGGACUGUGGAGGAAAUUCUAAUCAGGUGA